AUGAGAAGUGCAGACUUAAAAAAUAUUAUCGUUAACCAUGCCCCUAAUCAUCAUUCCAAAAAUCCUGGUUGGGAAUACUUUCCAUCUUCUUAAAUUAAAUGUUAAGUAGAAGCAGCCUAAAAAAAAGAAUUAGCCAAACCAACUCCACCAUCUAUUAAAAUCAAAACUCUAGAAUUAAAAGCAAAAUACACUGAUAAGACCAAACCUAAACAUAUAUUUAAAAAGACUGAUUUAAAGGAAAUUGCAAAAAAGAAGAGAGAUGAGUUAUAAAAUUGGAUAACAGAGGAAAAUAAUCUAAGAAAAGGCAUCUAGAAAUAACAUAAAUGCAAGCCAGCCCCUUCUGUAAAAGAAGAUGAACCUAAUGAUUAAUGGCCUGAAAUGAACGAAGAUUAAUAAUAAGAAAAUAAUGAUUAAAACGAAGAAUAAGAAGAAUAAGAAGAAGCAGAAUAAAAUUAAAGUUAAUAGGAAGAAUAAAAUGAAAAAGUAAAGAGUAAGAAGAUAGAUGAUGAAGAUUAAGAAGAAGGUUAAGGUUAAGAAGAAGAAGAAUAAGGUAAAUAAGAUUAUGAAGAAGAAUAAUAAGGUUAAGAUGAAUAAGAUAAUUAAGAUUAAUAAGAAGAUUAAUAAGAGAAAUAAGAUGAAUAAGAAGAAUAAUAUUAAUAAGAUGAUUAUGAAUAAGAUGAUCAAUAAUUUAAUGAAUCUCAAGCAAAUUCAAAAAUUAAGUCAAAGUAAUCUAAUAAAAUAGAAAACUCACAAAGUUCGAACUCUUAAAAAUAAAGUUAAAGAUAUAGUUAAAGCAAUAAUAAAAGCAAUAUUUAAAAAGAUGUCAACUUAGAAAUAAAUGAAAACAAGAGUGAAGUAAAAUCUAUCGUUUCUAACUCAUUUGUUAAGAAUUAAUCUAAGGUCAUUAACAAAUCAGUGAAUACAAGUUCAUUAAUGUUUUAUAAAUCACAAGUUGCAGAUCAAAUGAGAUCUUUGAUGGAUGAAUUUGAAUGA